CGCGAGGAUGUCAUGUUCUCCGCGGGCAUCUGGGCUCAGUCCCCGAGGGGCCGGGCCGUUCCGCCCUCCGCAGGCGGCGGUCCCGCCUGCGCCCGCCGUCGGGACGGCGUUAAAGGCCUCGCGAGCGCCCCGCGAUGGCGUGGCGGCGGCUCGUGGAGUGUCUGGUGGCGGCGCUGGCGAGCCUCGGGGACCACAGGAGGCUGAAGGCGGACGGCAGCACGGCCAGGCGAGCGAAGGUGCGUGGUACUGUGCUGGACGAGAGGCAGAUGCUUAAGUCGAAGGAGGGCGCCCGGGCGAAGGUGGCCGUGCUCCAGGACGUCCUCAUCAGCUGCAAGGGCCAGGUGUUCCAGGGCGGCAGGUCGAGCACUGCCACUGUGUACUACGACGGCUGCAGCUACAGCGACGGCACGUGCGUUUGGAAUUCUGAUGCUGGCCACAUCUCCAGGACGCCGUACUGCGUCCCCGGGCUCACCGAGCGGCUCUGCGUGCCGCACGGGCCCGGCCCCUCCGAGGCGGACAACCAGAGCUGCCGGGAGCGCACCAUCUCCGAGUGUCCAGGCGUAGCGGCGGGCCCCUUGGACGUGGUGGUGGUCCUCACGCAGCCGCAGUGGGGCGCGUACUUCCACUUCCUCGUCGACUCGCUGUCGAGGGUGGCGUGGAUGUGGCAGCAGCACCCGGCUGUGGUCGCGGACAACCGCACCCUGUUCCACACCGGCAAGUUGGACGAGGUGGCGCAGGAGUGGGCGCGGCUAGCCGGCAUCGAGACGCGCGCGGGCGACGGCAACCGCCUGCUGGACGGGUGGUGGCGGGCCAGGACCGCCUACUUCCCCCCCAGCAACGGCUGCAUGAACUGGGACCGCGGCUCCGAGCCCUUCGCCGUGCAGCAGCUGCGCGCGAUGGUCACCCCGAGGGCGAUGCAGGGAGCGCCGCCGCCCGCGGAGGCUCCCGCCCCCACGGCGCUGAUCUUCCGGCGCGACGCGAGCAAGCCGGGGCAGACUCGCGGCCUGGUGAACCACGAUGAGGUCGUAGGAGUCGUGAAGGCUCAGCUGGCCACCUGGUCGGUCGAGGUGAUAUCGGACUAUCCCGAGACACCGAUGCCGCGAGAGCUGUGCAGGAGAGUGCAGGGCGCUGACCUUGUGAUGGGGCCUCAUGGCGCAGGGUUUGCCAACUUGAUCUGUGCCAAGCAAGGGACGGUUCUCCUCGAGUUUCAGCAGAAAGACCACUCUUGGGAUUUUGAGAAGUUGUCAAUGAAGCUCGGGCUACCUUAUGUCGGGAUGGAGGUGCUGGACAUGGACCACUGGUCCACGGGAACCGUCGACCUGCUCAUUUUACGCGAAGCGCUGGCCAAGGCCGUCGCCAUGUCCCGCCGCGCCGCGGGCGCGGCCCCCGCGGCGGAGCCCUUGCCGGCGUCGCCGGCCGCGGCUCCAGCGCUGGGGGCGCAGGAGCCGCCGCUGGCAAGCAGUCGCCGCCGGCGAAGGAGUGCCACCCCGAGAACGGACGACCAGGACUCGGCGGCGGAGGAGGAAGCCGCCACGGAAGCUGCCUCGGCAGAGGGAGGGGCAGAGGCACCGCCGGCAGCCUCCGACGAGGCCCGGGCCUCCGCG